GCCCUCUAUCGGCGUGUCCUCGCGUUAAUUCGAUCAUCAGGUGUUUGAAAGAUUUACAUUCGAAUAAUAGUAGUAGUUGUUUGCUUCCAGCCUUUUUCCGUCCUUUUCUUAUUCUUCUUCUUCGACAAGCGUGUAGCGUGUGCGUGUGUUUGUAUGCGAGGUGCGUGCGUGCGCAUAUAUGUAUAUGUAUACCUCUUGUGUGGGAUUAAUAUUGAAUUAAAUUUAUUGAAAAAUAAUAAAUCUAUCCAAAUCAAUUGUUCAAAGCGCAAGAAGAAAAUAACAAGAGGAAAAGAAGAUUCAGAUUUCACAGAUGACAUAAAAUUAAUUUAAGCGUUAUCGUCCAAUUACAAAUAAUCAGUUAAUGGGACUAGUUUUUCUCUUCGAAUACUAUUUAUCAACGAAAUAGAGAGACAAGUACUUAAGUAAAGUAUAUCAACAAGAAAAAUAAAUAAGAAAAUAAGACUUUGAGUUUUAAAAAGAAAAAUAAAGAGAGAUAGAAAAAAGGAAAGAAAGAAAGAAAAAUAGAAAAGGGAAAAUAAAAGGGGAGUUAAUGUUGACAUCAAGUAGGACAAGAGUUAAUUACGGUCGAUCUGUACGACGUAAUAUAAGUGCUAUGACGAGUUUAAACUCUUGCCCGGAUAAAAGUUCAUGUCAUCCAAGUGAUGACUCCUCGAGGGAUGCUGAAUUGGAUGUUAACAAGUUGGAGAAUAAUCUUCCAGAGGAACUAUGCCUCUUAAAAUCACAAGUUGCUGGUCAUUAUUUUGAUAAUGAAAAAAAUUCGAUAGGCAUAGAAAUUAUGUUUCCAGGUAUGUUACGUACUCCAUCGGGUCGUGUGUUAAAACCUAUCAUUAAGCCUCAUCUCGGUGAAAGAGAAAUAAACUUCUAUGAGAAUUUAAAAAGCUCUCAAGACAAGUCGUCCUUGGAAUUGAGUAAUCAUGUGCCCGAAUAUUUCGGUACGACGGAAAUAUUUUACUCCGGCAAAAAAAUAAAAUUCCUCAUCUUGCAAGAUAUAACAGAUGGCAUGGAUGAACCAUGCGUGAUGGAUAUCAAAAUUGGUAAACGUACGUGGGAUCCUUUGGCUAGCAAAGAAAAAAGAGCUAGCGAGGAAAAGAAAUACGCACAAUUGAAGGAAGCUUAUGGCUUUUGUAUCACAGGUUUUCAAGUUUAUUGUCUCUCAAGUGGCGAGCUAAAGAAGUUUGACAAGAAUUAUGGCAAGACGUUAACUCCCGAAGGGGUUGUCGAAGCAUUGAAGAUCUUUUUAAACGUGACACCGCAAAGGCCACAAGCAUAUCGUCUACUGAUCGUCAAAUUAUUGGCAUUUCUUUGGAAGAUUCUCAGUAUAUUUCGUAAGCAAACAAAUUUUCGUUUCUAUUCGAGUUCGUUGUUGAUCGCUUACGAUGCUAGAAGGUUGCGUUAUUGCUUGCAUUUGGAAAAAAGGGAUACCAAGAAUUUAUCGAGGCAUUGUCAACGAGCCCAAUCCUUUUCUUCAAUGUUGUCCACGACAAUGGACAAGGAGAAGAAUUUGGACAAGGGUCAAAGUUGUUCGUCAAAAGAGACAUCAGCACCGCCAUCACCGACACAAAGUGUUUUGUGUUUACGAAGAAAGGUUUUAGAAAAGACAAGAUCGUUGAAACGUAGCGUGAGUUUACAAUUUGGUAGUAAGGAAUGUUUGAGUUCUUUUGAAAAGGAUAGUACUACUACUACUACUACUACUAAGGAAAAUAAGACAUUAUUAUCACCAUUCUUAAAAAGAAGCGAUUCUUACGAUCCAGAUUUUAGAGUAGAUAAACUGUGUCGUACUCAUUCACAAGUUCAUAAUUUUGAUCUGGAAUUAGCCGAUAUGAAAGAGGAUUACUUAGCAAUUUUGAGCGGACUCAAUAGUACAUCCGAGGACAAGAACAAUUGGGUCAGGGUGAACAUGAUCGAUUUCACUCACGUCUUUCCUGCACCAAAUGAGACCGCAGGCUUGGACUUCAAUUAUCUCAAGGGCGACUAAUAUGCAGAACACGAGGAUCAACGUCAACGAUGGCAUCAGCAUAUUCGAUGAGGCUACUUUUGGGUGUGAAUCUUGG